UUCUCGGGAGGCUCGUGACGAGAUACAAGCAUGGCGUCCGCCGUGAAGUUGAAUGAUAUGACCGAGGGUUGGAAUAAAUGGCAGGUUGGAUUAGUUGUAGGUGUUGGAGCUCUGGGGGUCGCCGGACUUUGGUAUUACAUGAGAAGGAAAGGAGAGGUCAAAGUCGAUAAACUGGACAUUGUCGAUUCUAACCAAAAUGCCAACAACAAGGCGUCUGCUAAACCGAAGUCACUGCAAGAACAAGCUCAGGAAUCCAAGAAGGAAGGUAAUGUUUUCUUCAAGAAUGGCCAAUACCCAGCUGCUAUCUCCUGCUACACACAGGCCAUCAAGAUGUGUCCACAGGAACAUUCUGGAGAUAUCGCCACAUUCUACCAAAACCGUGCAGCAGCCUUUGAACAACUGGGAGAGAAAAACAAUGUCCUUGAAGACCUGAAUCAGGCAAUAUCCCUCAACAAACGCUACCCCAAAGCACUUGCUCGUCGGGCCAGGGCUCACGAGAUUGCAGAAAACUAUGCAUUGGCCCUAGAAGACAUCACAGCAUGCUGUUUGUUGGAGGGCUUCCAGAACCAGCAGAGUCUGGUCGUGGCUGACCGUGUCCUCAAACUACUCGGCAAGAGCAAGGCCCGUGAAACAUAUUCUAGUCGCACACCAUCACUGCCAUCACAGUUCUUCAUGAAGAAUUACUUUGCUGGCUUCUGUCACGACCCCAUCUUCAAAACAUCCAGUGCUGGGAAGGCUGAACCCCUGACGAAGCCGGAGGAAGGGGAGACAACUGAGGAACCUGUGCUUAAUGGAGAAGCAGAGGGCACUACAAAAGAAGAAAGCCUCUUUGAGCAGGCCCAGCAACAGGUCAACCAGCAGCAGUAUGGGCAGCUCAUCGAACUGUGUACCAAGGAGCUGGAGCUGAAGGACACCCCCCACCGCCACAAGGCCCUACUGAUGAGGGGUACCAUGUAUGUCCUGUACGGCCAGGGCGAGGAGGCCAUGAAGGAUCUGUCCACUUUGUUGGAGAUGGAAGGAGUGGACACAAAGGUGCGAGUGAAUGCCCUGGUCAAGAUGGGGAGUCUGGUGAUGCAGGCUGACAACGCACAGGAGGCUCUGGUGUGUUUCUCCACUGCUGAGAAGGAGGACAACAAGAACUCAGACGUGUUCCAUCAUCGUGGACAGCAACUGCUUUUGGUGGAGAAACUAGAUGAUGCCAUCAAGGACUUUGACAUGAGCAUCAGCCUGUCUCCAGACUUUGCCACAUCCUAUGUCCAGAGAGCCUAUGCAGAGCACAGAUCUGCGGUCACGCAGCAGAGUCCAAUGAAACUGAUGAAGGCCGACGCCAGCUUCAAGCAGGCUCUAGAGAAGUUCCCCAACUGCUCAGACAUCUACUUGCUGUAUGGACAGGCCCAGUGUGAUCAGGGAGACUUCACCCGUGCUGAGGAACUGUUCACCAGGGCCGAGAGCCUGGAGCCUGACAAUGCCAACAUCCUGGUGCAUCGUGGGUUGCUGUGUCUGCAGACUAGCAAGGAUCCGAACCAGGCCCUUGCCAUCAUCCGGCGAGCAGUGGAGGUCGACCCGCUCUGUGAAUAUGCACAUGAAAUCAUUGGCACUAUUGAGGUUCAGAGAACCAACAUGACGGCUGCUGAAUACCACUUCAACAAGGCAAUAGAGCUGUCUAAGUCCGAGGCCGAGAUGGCGCACCUGUUCUCCCUGCUCCACGCCUCCCAGAUACAGACCCGUGUCGCACAGAAGCUGGGCAUCGAGGUCCCAACAUUCGGACCCUAAACCAUCUUGUUAUACAGGUAAACAGGGCUUGUCAUCUACCAUAGGUAUUCCAUACAAGUUAGAUAAACGUAAUAAUGGUUUUAAUAUUGUGAAAAUAUUUUGAAGGUAUGGACUUACGGUCAUUUUUGUUUAUUAGAACAAGAAUGAUCUGAUGUAAUGUAGGGGAAGUAAGUGAAUGGAAUUUCAUAGUGAAAGACUUUUACCAGGAGGUCUAUGAAUAAUUUAGUUUUAUGUGUGCAUGAUGUGAGCACCAUAUAAUGUUAUUAGUUUUGUUUGGAUUAGAAGUGAGAAACAUAUAGAGAUUAUUACAUGAGCAAGUGUGUCAUAGGACUUAUACGAAAUGAGUGUGAAAUGUUGUAUUACACAAUUUUGCACGAGUUUCGUAUAAGUCGUGUGGCACACAUGCGAGUGUAAUAAUUUCUUUAUCAUCCAUUAUAUUCAUGUACUUUUGUACAGUAAAACAUGCUAAGCCAUUGUGACUGUCCUGUUCAUUGAUGUCAUGUUCAAUUGUUUAAUGACGUCGCAGACGACGAAAUACAGAAGAAAUGGUUGCUAGGCAAAAGUGAUAUAUGCACAUGUGCACAUAUGAUAUAUAUAUUAUAUGACACUAGUUAUGUUUCACCAUAUGGAUAAUAAAUAUUAUUACGACAACCCUGUUUACUGAAGUACUGAAUAUUACUGUGUGAUUGAAUGUUAGAAUUAUUACUUUAUAAGAUAAGUUAAGAAAAUGUAAGAAAUGUUGUUGAACCAUUCCAAUGCAUCAGAUUAACCAUUUUCUGAUUAUGUCUUGGAAUUAUAUUAAUUAUGUAGAGAGAAGCACUUUGAUUGGUAAAUAUCCUUAUGCUGGUAGAUAGGACCGAAUUGAAUUGUGAUAGAAGCAUGAUUCAAGAUGACUGGCUGUUGAUGUAGAUAGUUGACUUGCACUUGUAAAUUAUGGCUUGUUUUGUACCACUUUUAUUACAUUAUGACAGUACUAUCCGGGAGAGAAUGACACAGUUGGAACUGUGACAGUGCUUGGUGGGAUGUAAGCAGAUGUCUGUGUCUGUGUCAGAAUCCGCUUCUACAGAUCCUCACCCAUCCUCGAUAAUCUCCACGGUAUACGUUCUGAUAAAUCUCCACUAGUACCCUGGAUGCAUAUACUUCUUAUAUCUAUUACUAAUUGUAUUAGCUUCCUUCGCUGGCUCCACCUUCUCACAGUAGCCAAUCAGAUAAACCAUUACAACCAAGUUUACCAGUAUCAACAAGGAUGGUGGCUGCAGCCGCAAGUGUUUGCUCGCUGUGCGACUCAGGUUUAGGGAAAAAAUAAUACAGACAAACUGACAGGUCUGAAACCUUAAAAAAGUAUAUGCAAGAACUCCUCCUACCUCUUUCGGGGUAUCUCUGCAACAAUUGUGUUGCCAAGUUUAAAUAAAAGAAGCGGAAGUGAGUUAUGAUAGAAGCCUUGUGAUUGGUAU